GGGCUUUUAGAUUCCAGACAUUUGACAUAGGAAGUGGCUGUUCAUCUGAACCCAGCAUCACACUCUGGUGGAUUAACUGCUCGUUCUUCCUUAAAACGCUCUGGAAUAAGAGUUACCAUGGCAACAGAGGGGGAGCCAACAGACUUGAUCAAAGUGUUCCACCUGCUGCUGCUCUCGUUCACCUGGGGCAUGCAGGUGUGGGUCUCCUUCAUUGGAGGUUUCGCUCUGGUGAAGCAGGUAACGCUGCAUACCUUUGGGCUGGUCCAGAGCAAACUGUUUCCUGUCUACUUCUACUGCCUGCUGGGGAGUAACUUUGCCAGCCUGGCUCUGUAUGCUGUGUACCACCCCAGAGAGCUGCUGGACUGGCAUGAAAGUGUGCAGAUGGGGAUGUUCUUCGUGGCUCUGAUCAUGGCAGGCCUGAACGCUCAGUGGUUUGGCCCAGCAGCCACAGAGGUGAUGUUUCAGUUGAGGGCGGUGGAAGAGGAGCACAGCCUGGGGAACCAGAUCGGCUUGGGCAGUCAGAGAGAGGAAUACGCUAAGCUGAAGGAGAAGGACCCAAAGUACAGAGCCUCCAAGAAAAUGUUUGGACUUUACCACGGCCUGUCCAACCUCUGCAACCUGAUAGGCUUCAUCUGCAUCACAACCAAUCUGAUCUACACAGCUCUGAAACUUUCCACCAUUUAAUGAAGAGGAAAAUACAGGAGAUACAGACAUUAAUGCUGCACCUUGAAAAAAGGAUUUAUAGACUGAAACUCUUCCACAUAUUGCUUUUGCAUAACCACAAACCUCAAGGUAUUUAUUGGGAUUUUAAACAACGAAUCAACUCAAAGUGGUGCAUACUGGUGAAGGAAAAUGUUAUGGCAGACAUGCAAACCUAUCAAAACAUGGCCGUCCACCUAAACUGAGAGGCUAGAAAAC